UCUUUAAAAAAAAGUUCAACGUCGAGAGAAAAGUCUGCGAGAGAGCGAGUCCAAAAUGGAUCUGAAGGAGCUGGCUGCGAACGCGUUGGCCCAGAAUAAGAAAGCGGCUCUUCUGGUCGGCGCAGCCGGAGUCGCACUGCUGGGAUUUGGACUCGGAUAUAAAUACAUGCGAAAGCCAGAAAAAGCCGUUCGCGUGGGCGUCGUGUCGCAGAUCCUCAUUCACCCUCUCAAGUCGGGCAAAGCGGUGCCUGUGAGCGUCGCAGAAUGCCAGAAAAUGGGGCUGAAGGCUGGAGAGUUGGAGGAUCGACACUGGCUGGUGGUGACGGAGGAAGGCAACAUGGUGACGGCCAGACAGGAGCCCCGUCUGGUCCUGGUGUCCCUGUCCUGCCAGGGCGGCUACGCUACUUUGAAUGGACCAGACAUGGAGGAGCUGAAGUUCCCAGUGAAGCAGCCUGAGAAUCUCAUCCUCAACUGCAGAGUGUUUAGCAAGGACAUUCAGGGCAGGAACUGCGGCGACAAGGCGUCCCAUUGGCUCACCACUUUCCUCGGAGGCGAGAAAACGUUUCGUUUGGUGCAUUAUGAGCCUCACAUGAAGCCAAGGAGGCCGGCUGAGAGCGAGCCUCUUUACCCCCAGUUUGAGCAGGUGGCGUACCCAGAUUAUGGGCCCAUCAUGCUGCUGUCUGAGGCAUCUGUUCAGGAUCUCAGCAGCAAACUGGAUCAGGAGGUCACCACGGAGCGCUUCCGCCCGAGCAUUGUGAUAGGCGACUGUGAGCCAUUCGAUGAGGAUUCUUGGGAAGAGAUCCAGAUCGGCAGCGUGAGGCUGCAGCGUGUAAUGUCAUGUGGAAGGUGCAUUUUGACCACAGUUGACCCAGAGACGGGUGUGAUGAGCAGGAAGGAGCCGCUGGAAACUCUGAAAAGCUAUCGACUGUGUAAGCCAUCAGAGAAGCACAUCUACAAAAAGGCUCCGCUGUUCGGGCAGCUGCACACCGUCAAGAAGACAGGCGUCCUACAUGUUGGCGAAGAGGUCUACAAGAUCAUCCGCUAAACGCAGCAACGUCACAUCCAGCCGGAGAAGUGUUUUGAUAUUAGCAGACUGGACUCCUUGUGCUGCAUCUGAAUCCCAAUCCCAACUGAAAUGUGAAUAAAGAGCAUUCCUAUCACUUGCA